GAGAGGUCUAGAAAGGGACUCUGCUCUCCUCCUGUCCCAGCCCUGUCCCCGCUGGCGGGACAGAGCCCGUCUGAUGCCGCUCAGGGGUUCAUGAGGAUCUGUUGGCUGCGGCGAGUGGAAGGACCUGCUCGGCUGGAACAUUUUUCCCCUCCCAGGCGACGUCCGAUGGGUGUGUCGGGCAGGAGGUGAUAUUUGACAGGCUGCGGGCGCGGGCGAGCUGCUGCGAGCCAGGGGCGCCGAGCAGGGCAGCGAGCAUGGCCUCCCGCGACCCGCCCGCCACCACCUACGCCCCUCCGGACGCCGCGCCCUCGGGGGUCGCUCUGUUCAUCACCAUCCCCUACGCCUUCUUCCUGCCGGAGCUGGUAUUCGGGUUCUGGGUCUGGGUCCUGGUCGCUGCCACCCAGGUCGCAAGCCCGCUGCUGCAAGGAUGGGUGAUAUAUGUCUCGCUCACCUCGUUCCUCAUCUCCUUGAUUCUCCUCUUGUCUUACGUGGUUGGAUUUUAUAAAAGAUUCGAGUCCUGGAGAGUUCUGGACAGCCUGUACCACGGGACCACUGCCAUCCUGUACAUGAGCGCCGCCGUCUUACAAGUGAAUGCCACGAUCAUUUCUGAAUCCGACAACCUGAGCCACUACUACAUCAACACCGCAGCCUCGUUCUUCGCCUUCCUCACCACGCUGAUGUACAUCCUCCAUGCCUUCAGCGUCUACUACCACUGACGCAGGGGGCCACACCCAGGGGGAGCGCCCUUCCAAAGCCCGGAUCAUCAGCCCCUCAAAGCAGCCUUCAGCAUUUGCCUUCUGAAUGACGAAUGGAAGAUCCACGGAGACAUCCGUGGGACUAACAGACCACCUUUGCAGGCUGAGUCUGAGCGAUGAUACCACACUCUGGCAUAUUUGUUUGGACAUUUUAAUUCACUAUGAUAAAUAUGAAAACAUCAUUAUUUUCUUUUGACCAUGCUAGCUCUUCUAGAAAACCCACCUCGAAGCCUUCGCCAUUGAGAGUCCCAGCCCCACUGUUGCCCCGUCUGUUUGGGGAUUUUGCCUCAGCGGUGGGGUUCCCUACAGUAGCUUCAGGGGAAUAGUCAGUCUGAUUUUCUUAAACUGGAAAAGGUGCUGUCGAGGCCUUCAGGUCCAAUGCAGCUGUGCACGCUCUGUUCCUCAGUUCUGCCUCCGCUGCGGAGCGGAGGUUCACGGUCCCCAGGGAAGUGGACAGGGACAAGCUAUCCUGCCCACCUCCCUCCCAUUUCUCCUCCCCUUUUCUCCCAAGCAUUGAGGUCCAAGGAAAAUCUGCAUAAAACCAGCUUUGAGGGUAGAUUUGUGGAGAAAAUAAGUGAUUGACUCUACAACUUCAUUAUGCAGUAAGACCUGGGGUGAGGGUGGGGGAGGGGGAGGGAAGAGCUUCUCCAGGAGUCAGGCGACUCGAGAACGGUGCGGCUGCAGUGCACCCUGCCAGGGCUCCAGGACCCCACCGCUCAAGGACUAGAAGCCUUGUCAUCCCUCAGAAAAGACCCUCAGGUGAAGGAGGCCGGAUUGUUACAUCCACAGAUUCUCCUGCCACAACCACAUGGGAGGAAAAAGCUGCUGCAUGGCCCCAGGGGGCAGGGAAAGGACCCCUGUCCCCGGGACUGUGCUCACCUGCGCACACUUACUCCUCUUGCAUCCGCUUAAGUGCCACUCGGCUCCAGGCCUUGGGGACCAGUGGUGGCCGCUGGGUGGGGCCAAGGCCCUCGGUUGGCCUCACAAGGACCUCAAAAGGCAUUUGCACUUUUGGCCCAUUCAUAAAGAAAAGCUGGCUGUGCACACAGAAAUGUCAAAUUGAGUGCUUGGUUUCGGAGUAAAUGCUUUUCAAAAGAGAGCUGUGCCCUUCUGCGUACCCAGGCGAGUAGCACACAGCCCUGUAAUUGCAGGUGCCUCUGUCGUUUGAUAUGAAAUAAAUUAUGACAUGAAACUGAUUCUGGGGCUUAUAGUUUUGUAUCAACUGUUUUCCACUCCUGGGGAUGGGGGACUCCAGAAGUCACAGAAGAGAACUGGCUUCACUAUCGUCUGCCGUUCACUUUUUAAUUGCCUCAAUGUCUUGGAAAGCCACCAUUUAUCUUUCAUUUUGUUGCUGGCAGCUGUCUGGGGUCAUCACUGUGUAAUAUUUACCAAGUAGCCACAUGCAAAUAAAAGUCAUUCAUAUGGUGAAA